CAUGGUUGUGCAGAAGUAUUGAAAUAUUUUGUUUUUGUUUAAGAAUAUUUAAUUGAAAAAAAUCAAAAUCUAACAUAAAACAUACUAAUAUUUAAAUAUAACUUCUAAACAUGAAUAAAGAGCAGAAUGUUGGAAAAAACGAACAGGGGGAAGACCUCAAGAAACCAGAUUAUCAAUGGAAAGAUAUUACGAGUGAUUUUUUUCAUAAUGUUGAAGCCCUCGAUUUGGGAGAGUUACUUCAUUACGAAAUCUUUGGACUAUUUGAGGCAAUGUCUGCAAUUGAAAUGAUGGAUAAAAAAAUGGAUAUUGGAAUGGUUGAUAGGAAAGAAAAAAUUCCACUAACACUCGAAAUAGCUAUUCAAACUGGAGAGAUCAAACUUCUCGAUUUAGAGUAUUCAGAGCUGAUUGGAAUUUUCGAUGCUCUUUUUUCCUGUCUCGUUUCCUGGCUUGAAGGACAUUCUCCAGUGCAAACAAUAUUCACAUGCCUUUACCUUCAUGACACUAAGGUUAUUCAAGACGAAUGUUUAGCAAGUUUUUGUAAUGGAAUACUGAAACUUACACGCGUCAUUCGAAGUUUUAUAACAAGUGCUAGCGUUUAUGAGGAGGAAGAUCAUCAACCGGAUCUAUAUGACUUUAAUUUAUGCAACGAUCGAAGUGAUCAAAGUGUUGUAGCUGAACUUAAAUAUAUAGAGAUUGAACUUCAAAAAAAACUUCGUGAUGUAAAUUCUGCAGAUGAAGAAUUCGAAUAUAUCAGUGCUGUUUUCAAUCGCAUUAAAUAUAUUCGAACAUUGUUGCAGAGUCUUCUUCUUCUAUUUCCUUCAAAAUCCAUUUCACCAAAUGAACUAGGAAUCCAAGAAGCGUCAAAAUUGCUGACAAAUGCUUCUGAAUCCAUUCCGGUGAUAAAGAAAACAAUUAUGCGAGGCACGCAACCUGAUUUAACAGAGAAUAUGCCAAAUGUUAUGGGAUUUUCACCAAUGGUUUACCAUCGACUCCUGCCACCAACAUUUCCACGCUAUACAAAAAUCAAGGAACGUAUUGAUGCAAUUAUUUACCUUGAAGAACUCUGUGGUAAUCUUAAACAUGCUAGUAAAGUCAUCCAUUGCUCAAAUUUUCAAAGCACAUUAAACUUUUUUAUGGACUUCAGCAAGAAAAAGGGAUCAUGUCUCUUAUCUCGAAGUGUUCUUCAAGUCCUUUAUCUUCCUGCUAACAAAAAAGUUUUUGGAAUAACAAGCUUUUCAGAUAUCCUUAAAGAAUCGUUGAAAAGUUUCAUUGCACCGCCUGUACUCAUACCAAAGAAUCCAUUUUUUAAUCAUGCUGAGGUUAAAGAAUGCAUUGACUCGUUUUUCUUCUACAAUGAGCACACAUUUGUAACAUUUUUGGAAAUUUGUGGUUUUAAUAGAGCUCGCCAAAGAGAUAAAAUUGCUCGACUACUUGACAGCUUUGCGAAUUUACAAGAUGAAGCAGAAAGAGUUGACACAUUUUUACAGAAACUUUUGAAUGGAGAAACAUCUUCGGGAACUUGUCGCACAAGUUUCGGGACUUGGGUUUUAUACUAUUGCCUUCGUGCCAUGUCAAUGUUUUUACUGUCUGGUUUAGAGUUAGAGCUUUACAGUGUGCAUGAAUAUUUUUAUAUAUUUUGGUAUUUGUACGAGUUCUUAUUUGGUUGGAUAAUUUCGGCGUUGACUCGAGCGGAUUCGCUUCUUUUUGAACAAGAAUGUAUAAGCGAACAAUACAAAAACUUGUCACGAGGACAGAAAAAAUCAAAGUUAAAAAAGAAAAAAAUGAAGCCUUAUGGUCGUGACUUGAUGAUUACUCAAGCACUACAAAAUCUAUGUGGAGGUUAUUACAAAGCACUUGCUGCAUUUUGGAAGGCCAAAAAAAUACCCCAGCCACUUCCUGAGUUUAAUCUUGAACGAAUUCGUUAUGAACAUCGGUUUGCUCCAUUUGCUGAAUUGACUACGCCACCGGCCAUUGGAUACAAUGAUUUUUGCUCACAAAGAAAUACACUUUUAAUUGAAACUCAGGAAAAUUUGUUUUUCACAGCUGCUAAACAUUUCUAUCAAACAAAAACUAUUCUCGAGCAUAUCCCAAAUUUGGAUACAGAGGCAAAUGACCAACGUUUUAAAAAUAGCAAAAACAAAUUUUAUUGUAAUGAACUUAUUAGCUAAUGGACACAAGAAAGACUCGGAAUUACCUCCAGAAUUUGACUUUUCUUUGCAUCAAUGCUUUCCAAUUAUAAAGCAAAAAUAAAAUUACUCAUAACUUGCUACAUAGAUUUGUAGAUACACUGGGCAGAAACUGAACUUUUUUCCUUUUCUACUAAAACUUUCAAGAAAUAAAAAUUCUCAAUUGAAAAAUGCUUGUUUAAUAUUUUAAUGUUUAUUUAACAAUACUGAUAUCUUCAUUACGUUUAUGUAUAAUGAUGGAAAUUUUGACUCUUAGAAUAGAAAUAAAGAAUGAAAAAUCGAACAAUUAAGUCUAAAUGCAGUAAUUUUUGAUUUAACAUUAAUAUUUUUUCAACAUUAUUCUUAUUUUUUUUCCAAAAUCAAGAAAAUGUAUCAUGUAUCAUUCUGUGAAUACCUUCAACAUGUUAUGAAAAUGAUUACACAAUAGCCAGUAAUUUUCAAAAUUUUUAGAGUGAUAAAUUUGAUAAUUAGGUCUUUGGAUUACAAUAAUAGAUUUUACUUUUGAAGUAGGUA